AUGACCUUAUCCGCACAGAGCAAUUCCGAACCCCCAGACGAAACGUUUAGCCACCUGCGUUCCGUCCACUCCAGCUACCGGCUCAACCAAAUUGAAAAUAUUAGAGCUCAUGGAGUUGGAGACUACGUGUCACUGCCUCAGCUGGUCGUUUGCGGAGACCAGUCGGCUGGUAAAAGCUCGGUCUUGGAAGGCAUCACCGGAAUACCAUUUCCCCGACAGGAGGGGCUGUGUACGAGGUUCCCAACAGAAAUUGUCCUACGACACGCCGACAGCCCGCAAACUUCGAUACAAGCAACCAUCCGUCCUCAUACAACACGUGACCAAGAGGCAAUCGAGCUCCUCCAGGCGUAUCGGAGGGUUGUCGAAGACUUAUCAGAGCUGCCCGACAUCAUCACGGAUGUCUCCAGGCUGAUGAAUAUUCGUGGCUACGUUGAGGGCGAAAAUUCAUAUGCUUUUGCCCCCGACGCCCUUCGUAUCGAGGUUUUUGGGCCUGUCGGACUCCAUCUGAGCGUUGUGGACCUCCCUGGGCUGAUCUCGGUUGCGAACGACGAACAAACCGAAGAGGACAUCGACGCUGUGCACGAUAUGGUGGCGUCGUAUCUACAGAAUACACGAACCAUCAUUCUGGCGGUGCUUCAAGCCAGUAACGACAUGGCAAAUCAACCAAUCAUCAAGUUGGCACGGAAGCACGACCCGGAAGGCCAGCGGACAGUUGGAAUAAUCACGAAGCCUGAUCUAAUCAACGAGGGAAGCCAGGCCAAGAUUGCACUGGUAGCAAGAAACAAAGACAGCAUCAAGCUCAAACUGGGUUUCUUCCUUUUAAAGAAUCCCUCGCCUUCCGAACUCGAACAGGGCCUCAAUAUGGCCACCCGUGCUGCCCGCGAGCAGCGAUUCUUCUCGUUGCCUGAAUGGGCGGCCCAAGAUCUCGACACAGACCGCCUUGGGGCCGAAAAGCUGCGAUGUUAUUUGCAGCAACUUCUUGACAAGCACAUAGAACGAGAGCUGCCCAACGUCAGAGACGAGAUCAAGAGAAAGCUAUCGUCCACAGAAGCUGAGCUACGGUCACUAGGUGACGCCCGACCUACCGUUGGCCAUAUCAGAUCGUUCGUCACGGACCGGAGCAUGACUUUUUAUGAGCUAUUGCAAGCCGCCCUCGACGGUAAUUACCACAGCAUUAAAGCCGACUUCUUUGCACAACAGCCACAAUCGAGGCUGAGAGCGGUCGUACAGCAAUUGAACACCAAAUUCGCAGCGCAUAUGCGGGAGAGUGGUCAGCGGAGGAAGCUCAGAUCCUCCGACUCGGACAAUCCAGAACCUCCGGCAGGUGGCUCAGACGACCAUGAAUCAAUUGAUGAAACGGCUCAGCUCCUUGUGAGCAAGGCUGAAAUGAUGCAUUGGGUGAAGCAGGUGCGUGGCUGGACCACUGUCGCUCAUGAACACCCCUAA